AUGCCAGUUCCUGUCUAUCGGUCACCAGCACAUCGAGUUAUCAAGCAUCAUCAAUCUGGCGACCGUAAUCAACCCCCGCGUUCUGUCCUCGGACAUCUGAAGACUUCUUUGCCUUUGGUCCCUUUGGGUCCGCCUCCGUCUUUUGGGUCACGUGAAGAGUGGAUCAACUCAUUACCCUCCUGGCGGCGCAAUAAAUCGCGCGAGACUUGGGAGGAGACGUCCGCCACGAGAAGUUUUGACAAAGGGUUGACGGUCGCGGCUAACGCGACUGUCAUUAAAGGAGUUCGCGCGGAAGCGUGUAUUCCGCCCGUGUCACCAGGCCUGCAGCCCAAGUCCGAGGUUAUGGACGCUGAAGGUAGAACGAUGCACGGAGAUAGUGCCUCUCGGAACGGGAGAGAUACCAACGGUGGUUGGCACCGUUAUGGGGAAGUUCUGCGCGUUAGGGAGCUGAAGCAAGAGAACGCGUAUGAGAAGGGUGCAUUCACCCCCGUUUUCGAGGAUAUGUCGCCCGAAGCGGACGGUGGGGAGGCCGAUUCCAGUCCUCCUGAGCCGGUCACUCCUUUCGGAGAAUACGUUGAUCGAGCCAUGGCCACUGGUCCGCCUGUCCAGGUGUACGAAUCCAUGCCCGCGCCGCCCAACUACUACCCUCAGGAGUAUCACUAUACGUACUCCAUGGUUCAGUAUCAGCCUCAGCAGGACGUCAACAAGGAUGCGCAAGCGGUCCAUCAAGUAGCGCCUUCGGUGUCGGACUCCGCGACCGCCCCUGUAGCGUCGGCUGCUUACAGAAAGUUAGCCGAACCCCUGUCGGAAUGGGUUGCGAGUUAUGUCUGGAAGGCUUGCGUUACUGGCAUGGGCUUACCAGCCGAAUACACGGAGCAUGGUGCGAACCCUUUGUUGGAAUACUCAAACUCGCCCCCUAGCUACUUGGCCGGAUCUGUUCGCGGGUUGUUCCUGUCCACAUUGUUACAGCCUUCGGCCGUCUUCCUGGCUGUUUGGUACAUACUCCGGCUCCCAGCCUUUCUGGGCCCGAUCAACUUUGGGCCUGACCGUGUAAGGGAGGCCCAGUUCAGGACGGAACUACUGAAUGAUUCGCUGCAAGGCAUAGACAAGGAGUCUGUUGCCAAAGCCCCCUACAAGCUUAUUGUCCUGGGCUGUAUGCUCGCGAACAAGUGGUUGGACGACCAUACUUUCUCCAACAAGACUUGGCAUACUAUAUCCAGCGUCCCUAUUCUGUCAUUGAAUAGGCUGGAGUCACUCGCGCUGCAUUUCUUCGGCCACGAUCUCUCCAUUGACGCUGAUGUCUGGUCCAAUUGGCUCCAGCGCCUCCUGGACUACCAUGUGUCAUUGCCAGGUGCCACGCCUCAACCGAUAUCUCGUCCUUCGAGCAGUCCUCAUGCCAUCAUUAAGAAAACGCUUGAGGAUCUGAUGGUUGUCCCGUCUACCACUAAUGCCCACCAUGACUGCGGUGAGAGAACCUGCUCGGGAACGACGUUGGGACCAGUAUUCCUGGGAUUGGAAGAUCGUCGACUGGAGAAGGCCCAGAGGGAGGAAGGCAUCAUUGACCCGGGUGUCGAUGUCCUUGAAAUUGACCUCGACGAAGAUGGGCCAUUGAGGGAAGAGUAUCUUCCGAGACGUCGUAUCAGCAGGUCAGGUUCUGUCCGAAGUACUGCGUCGAGCUCGAGAAGCGCGCUUCAUAGCGGUGGACAGACCCAUGACCGAGAUGUCAAUUUGCCUCCACCGGCAAAGUGGAGUCCUGCUGCCGACGAACCUAUAGUGUCGCAGAGGAACAGGGAGAACGGUCAAUACAUCGCCGUCCGCCCGCCACUUGUGCCUGCUCCUGUGAACUAUGUCGUCCCUCCCCCUCCUUACAUUGCACCUGCCAGCACCGUCUAUCCCAACUGGGCGGGCUACGCGGUUUCAAAGCCGUCAGUCCCUCCCACUUACAUGCACGAGAAUGCUGGUUAUGCAAACGUAUCGGGUGAUUGCGGUGGCUCCUGUCUUCAUCCUUCCACCCGUUCGCGCUCGCAUUCGGUAUCUUACGACCACGCUAAUUCCCAGUGCGCUCUUCAUCAUGCACGCUCGCGAUCGCAAGCUCGCGUCGACUAUGGCUACUCCGAAGUGCAUAUGUCCGCUGGGCAGUAUCGUAUGCCGGGUCCUUUCGAAUAUCAUUGGGCGGCUCCGAGUUACUCAUACCCUGCUCCUUACGCGCAUUCUUUUGCUCCUGGCCCCCGGGUCGACUAUCAACAGACCUGGCUCCGCGCCUGA